UGUAGUCAAGGGGACGUUUUGGGUGAGGGAAAAGCAAGCCAACUAUCAAGCUAGCCUCAACGUUUCCCUUUCCCUGUUUAUUUGGCUGGAAGGAGCACACGCACGUCUUCACUUGCGAUCAUACCACACUGCAGUUUUACAAAAAAAUAAAUAAAAGUCCAGUGCAAGACAAAGCAAGAUCAACAACAAUAAAGAGCCUCAAUGGAUUCAUCUGCUUUGGAACUUUAUUAGAACGUCCUGGAUUGGUUGUUAGCUGUCUGCCAAGCUGUAUAACCUCAACACAUAUAGUGAGGGCAGAACAGUUUUCUAAACUGGACUUUCAAUCAAAGCAGGAGGUAAUAAUUAAAGGAAGAUCUCCAUCGAGACAGAGAGACUUUUAAAACUGAAGAAAGAUAAGGAAGACUUCUAUAAACAAAUUAUCGAUGCUUUUGUUCAGAAGGAGCGGCGCAUGGACUUCAUUUAUAAGUAAAGCAAUGAGGCUUCUGUGUCUGCUGCUUGUGGCGAGCUUGGCUGGCAGUAAAGCUUCCAGAACCAGAGAGUGGGCUCAUCACGGCGCUCCCAUGUUUGCUGACCUGACAGUCCGUGAGAUGAAGGCCGUGCGAGAGUACCUGCAUGCCAUUCCACACCUGGGACUCACCGAUGUGGACAACAUGUCUCUAAAGAAGAACAGUAUUCUCAUGAUGGAGCUUCAUGUUCCUAAGAAGCAUGAAGCCUUGAGAGCUUUAGAUCGCGGUCAUGCCAAACCUCCACGACAAGCUCGUGUCAUUGUCCAGUUUGGGAACCAAACCAGACCGAACAUCACAGAGUUUAUCGUGAGUCCUCUGCCGUCUCCUAAAUCUCACGAGGUCAAGAGGUUCAAAGGUGAUCGACCAAUCAGGUUUGAGUCCAGGCCAGUGACGGCUGUAGAAAGUCACCACCUUGGAGUCAUGGUUGAGAAGAUCGCAAUUAAAGCCCACAAGAUAUUAUUUGAGACCACAGGAGGGUUCAUGUUCAAAAUCAACUGUUCUGAACACUGCUUGAUGUUUGUGGACAUCGCCCCUAGAGGACUGUCUUCAGGUGAGAGAAGAAGCUGGAUCAUGAUGGUCAAGUACAUAGAAGGACAUUACAUCCACCCCAUCGGUUUUGAGUUCCUGGUCAACCAUAAAGACCUGGAUCCAAACCUUUGGAUGGUGGAGAAGGUUUGGUACAACAGCAAGUACUUUGACAGUGUGGAAGAGUUGGUUGAGAAGUACGAAUCAGGAGCUGUGGAGAAGGUGACGCUUCCUCCUCAUGAUGAUGAAGACCUCUACUCCACCUUCACUCCACGUAGUCCAAGCAGCACCAACACCCAAGGACCAAAAGUGGUGGAGCCUCAGGGGCACCGCUAUCACAUCGAUGGUAACUUUGUUGAAUACGCCGGCUGGUCGUUUGCUUACGGUGUUCGUUCCUCAGCAGGACUUCAGGUGUUCGAUCUCCGUUUCAAUGGAGAAAGGAUCGCCUACGAGGUCAGCCUGCAAGAAGCUAUUGCUUUCUAUUCUGGUCACACUCCAGCUGCAAUGCAAACUAAGUACAUAGAUGCCGGUUGGGCGAUGGGAACCUUAGCUUUUGAACUGGCGCCUGGAAUUGACUGUCCAGCAAUAUCAACCUUUGUCGACCUUCAUCACUUCUACGACUCCAACAAACCAGUGCUAUACAAAAAUGCUCUUUGUGUCUUUGAGACCACCACAGCUUUGCCUUUGAGAAGACACUUUGACGACAACUUUAGGGGAGGUUAUACGUUCUACGGAGGGCUGGACAGCACAGUGUUAGUCUUACGGACAACGUCCACAGUUUACAACUACGAUUACAUCUGGGACUUCAUCUUCUACCAAAAUGGGGUCAUGGAGGUCAAGGUCAGCGCUACAGGUUAUAUCCACGCCACCUUCUUCACCCCAGAAGGACUUCAGUACGGCAACAAAGUGUACGACUACGUCUUGGGGAACCUGCACACGCACCUCAUCCACUACAAAGUGGACCUGGAUGUUGCUGGUCGCGAGAACAGUUUUCAGUCGAUGGGUUUGAAAUUUGUCAACUUCACAAAUCCUUGGAGUCCAAAGGACACUAUUGUCCAAUCCAAACUCCACUGGACGGAACACAAGACGGAACGUUCUGCUGCCUUCCGCUUUGGCAAAAAGUUCCCUCGCUACGUGCUCUUCUCUAACCCAAAGCAGAAAAACAAGUGGGGUCAUGAGAAAGGUUAUCGUAUUCAGAUGAAUUCACAUGCUGACAGCGUGCUGCCAAGAGGCUGGCGAGAAGAAAAUGGCAUCACGUGGUCCAGAUAUCCUCUGGCUGUGACGCGUCAUAAAGAUAACGAGCCUACCAGCAGCAGUAUUUAUAACCAGAAUGAUCCUUGGAAACCUGUGGUCAACUUUGAAGACUUCAUUCGCAACAAUGAAAAUAUCGUAAACCAGGAUCUGGUUGCCUGGGUAACGGUGGGCUUCCUGCAUGUGCCUCAUUCAGAGGACGUCCCCAACACGGCAACGCCUGGCAACGCCGUAGGGUUCUUCCUUCGACCCUUCAACUUCUUUGACGAAGACCCCUCAGUAGCAUCCAGAAGCACAGUCAUCGUCAGACCAGGAAAGGACGGAAGACCCGAUGUCCAACGGUGGACACCAGAGGUCAAAGAUCUUUGUGUGACCGACCAGGCAUUCUUUUUCAACGGCUCUCAUACAGAAGUCUAGGAGUAUUUUUAUGAUUUCAACUUUGGAAGUGGCAAACUGCUCGGAUUCAAACAUUUGUUUUCCUAAGAUCGUCUUCCUUAUAUUCUUCUUUUUUUAACUCCGAUAAAAGAAAUAGAACACAAAUGUCCACUGCGGAGGACAUUGAUCUCAGGAGGAUAUUAAAUACUUGUUUAAUAUGGCUAUUUUAAAUCAAUGAAAUGUGUCAAUGCCUGCACAAAUCCCAUAUUGAAGCUUUAUAAUCAAACAAGCAGGCAUGUUGCAAAAUACAACCAAUAAUAACAUGUGGACUUUGUACUGUUGAAAUUAAUACACAAAUUAGUGUGUACAUUACAAUAAAGACAAACUGGCGCUUUUAAAUUAACAUUUUAAUGUAAUUCAUUAUCACAUAACUUUAUUAACAUAAGUAUGAAUAUCAAAUAAAUAUAUUAAGUCAGGGGCCUGCCAAUUUUUUUACACCAAGGGUGGUUCAAUAAAAAGUCAAAGCAUGCAGGAACCGUUUUGAUAUUUUUUUUGAAAAUAAAUAAAUA